ACCUUUCUUCACCACAUAGAAGCCUCUCACAAAUAACUAAAAAAUGUGUCCUAAAUACAUUCUAGUGUUGCUACUUGCACUGACAUUUGCCGUUGCAAAUUCUGUGGCUAGAGUUCCCACUCUUGACAAUUACCCACCACAACACGAUAAAAGACAUCAUCCUGGACAUCCUCCCCUAGAGGAAGAAGAAAACACACAGGUAAAUACCUACCACGGAAAGCCCAUCCAUAAAAAACAUCCUCCCCUAAAGGAAGAAGAAAACACAGAGGUGAAUAGCUUUCACGGAAAGCCCAUACCGAAGCAUCCACCAAAGGAGGAAGAGAAACAUGAAGUAGAUAAUGACAGCUACCACCCCCGCAAACCAUCACAUCCGCCAUCAAACAAUCCCGCUACGGAUGGCUACCGCCCAUACAAACCGCCACACAAAGGUCAUCCUCCAAAACAGGGAGACAACUCACAGGAGGAUACCUAUUUAAAUAAACCUCCACAUGGUAGACAUGGAGAUCAUCCUCACCACGAGGCGCAGUCGCAAGAAGAUAACUAUCCUGAACACAGGCCAC